CAAUUCGAGAGAGAGAGGGAGAGAGAGAGAGAGAUGGCUGAAGCUGUUGUUGCAAUUGUGACUGAAGGGAUCAAGCCCCUCGGAGAGUUAAUCAUUCAGCAAGCGAAAUUCUUGAGUGGAGUUGGCUACCAAAUUGAGCUUGCGCAGAUUGAGCUACACUUGAUCCGGGGAUUUUUAAAAGACGCAGAUACGAGGCAACAAGAUGAAGAAGUGGUGCGCAUUUGGGUUAAACUAAUUAGAGAUGCUGCUUAUGACUUGGAGGAUGUCAUUGAAUCUUUUGCCUUGAAAGUGGCUAUCAGGAGGAGGAGAGGAGCUGGUACUGUGAAGAUUGUUCUCAAAAGGUUUGGCUGCAUCUUUCAGGAAGGAGUUCAUCGAUACAAGAUCGGGUCCGAAAUUGAGGAUAUUAUGACCAAACUCUCUCAUCUGAGGUCGAGUUUGCAAAGUUAUAACAUCAGGCAAACAAGUGACUCGGAAAGAGCUGAAGCUUUUAAGAGGCGACGAGAUCGGAGGCUAACAUAUGGUCAUGAAGUUGAUAGUCAUAUUGUCGGGUUGGAGGAAAACACUGAUAAACUGGUGAAGGAGUUGGUGAGGGGAAAGAGUCACCUUGUUGUUUCCAUUUGGGGGAUGGGCGGCUCCGGAAAAACCACUCUUGCAAAACAGGUUUUUCAACAACCUGAAAUUAAGCGUCAUUUUGAUUGUGUUGCUUGGGUCUGUAUAUCUCAACAAUGGGAAGGAAAAGAUGUACUGGAAGAUAUUUUAGUUAAACUGACUUCUCCAACUACCGAGGGAAGGGAAGAAAUCUCCAAAAUGAAAAAGGAUCAAAUAGCACAGGAGGUUUGUAGAAUCCAACGAGAAAAGAGAUGUCUGGUGAUUCUUGAUGACAUAUGGACUCAAGAGGCUUGGAGUUCGAUAAAAGCUGGAUUCCCAAUCAAUGAAGAAACGGAGAGCCGGAUGUUACUCACUACUCGCAAGAAAGAAGUUGCCUCAUCACUGGCAUCCGGAAAUGAUCAUCUGCACCAACCCCGACCACUGGAUGGAAACCAAAGCUGGGAACUAUUUGAAAAGAUUGCUAUAUCUGGAAGAGACAAAACAGACUCGGUUAUUUAUGCAAAGAAAAAAGAAAUAGGAGAGAAGAUGCUUGUGCAUUGCUCAGGUCUGCCAUUAGCGAUCCGUGUGCUCGCCGGGUUUCUAAGUAGACGAGAGAAAGUUGAGGAGUGGGAGUUAGUAAGUGGAAGUGUGGAUAAAUACAUAAUGAGAGGCACAAAUGUCCUUGAAAGAGAUAACACAGGUCAAGAUUCUGGUGUAGCAGGUGUCUUGGCAUUGAGUUACGAUGAUUUACCAUCUCAGUUAAAGUUAUGCUUUCUGUACUUGGCCCAGUUUCCUGAGGAUCGUGAGAUACCGGUUAAACAAUUGAUUCAAUUAUGGAUUGCAGAAGGGUUUAUAACUUCAACAUCAGAUAUACAUGGCUCAGUUGAAAUAAUGGAGGAUGAAGCAUAUAGUUGGCUAGUUGAACUGGUAGAAAGAUCCAUGGUUCAAGUGGCAAACUACGGUUUGAGCGGGAAGGUGAAAACAUGUCGUCUUCAUGAUCUUAUGCGAGACUUGUGCUUGCAAAAGGCAAAAGAGGAAAAUUUUCUGGAUGUUGUUGACUUUUCUGUGGGCAUGGUAUCCAGUACAAGACUAAACGGUAAGUUUCGAAGACUUGCCAUUUAUUUGAUCAGUGAACUUAAACAGGAGGAGUUCAGUAGUAGGGUUGGAAGAGAUGACCGCAUUAGGUCCAUGUUAUGUUUUAGCCCUGGGAGCUUUGGGAGUAUCUUGAACAAAAAAGUAAUGCGAUCAAUAUUCAAUGACUUCAAAUUGCUUAGAGUCUUGAAGUUUGAAAACAUUCUUUGCUCUGUGAUGAAGUUACCAAAAACAAUUGGGGAUCUAGUCCAUUUGAGGUUUCUGAGUUUCAAAAAUAGUAUAUUUGAUGAGGUGCCAUCAUCAGUAUCUAAUUUGGUACUUUUGCAAACUCUAGACUUACGUUAUUAUUGGGUUGGGAAUUCCAAAAUCAGAUGUGUGUUUUGUAAUAUGGAGCAACUGAGGCAUUUGUAUCUACCUCGUAAUUUUUCGGAGGUUAAGAAAGAGUCACUAUCAAGGCUGUGUAAUUUGCAGACGUUGGUGAAUAUAUCACUUGACAGGUGUGAUUUGAAUGAUUUUGUUGAGUUAACCAAGCUCAGAAAACUUGGCAUGCUUGCAUCAAAAUCUAGUCAGUGGGAAGAAUUGAAUGACGUGUUGAUAUCAAGAAAUGUGACAUAUCAGCAUCUUCAGUCGUUAUCGUUAUCUGUGAGGUCAGAGGAUACUAAUAUCGUUAAAGCAAGAGAUAUAGUAUUAAGGUGUCCUUAUCUCUACAAGCUGCGACUGCGUGGGAUAAUGAGAGAGCUACCAAGAGAGCUCCUGGGCUAUCCAAACCUCACCAAGAUAACACUCCAAUUUACAGAUCUGAAGGACGACCAGAUAGAAAUACUGGAGAAGCUGCCCAAGUUAAGGGUGCUUUACCUCGGGGCUAAUUCUAUCAGAUCAGAAAGAAUGGUUUUCUCUCAAGGAGGCUUUCCUCAUCUGGAAUCUCUUACCCUGUGGAGUUUGGAUUCCUUGAAGGAGUGGAAGGUGGAGAGAGGAGCCAUGCCUUGUCUUCACAGAUUGAACAUUCAUUACUGCGAGAAACUGGUGGAAUGUCCGGAUGGGCUUCAGGAUAUUAAAACCCUCAAGGAACUCACGAUUAACAGCAUGCCCAGAAGAUUCUGCAGUAGGGUUGGGGAAGGAGGAGAAGAUUUCUACAAGAUCAAACAUGUGCCGUCUCUUAUUAUCACAAAUAUUCAUGAAGACGAUGAGCGAGAAAAGGAGGAAGCAGCGGGCGCGUCUCAAAUAGUUUCGGGUCAAGCUGGUGACAUCUCUCAUCAAGAAUCAACUGUGGACGCUCCUCCUGCUGAGAAUACAGACGAAAUUCAAGCUUCCUCCCACUCCUAAUCUCCCUUGUUAACUCCCUACAAGCUGCUGCUGUCAUCAAUACUUGGGUCACCAUAAGACCUUCGCAACUUCAGUCACACAGAUUUAUGUAUUUUCCCUGAAGAACCAAAAAUUGGUGUCAAGUGUCAAGACAAUUAAAUAUUACAUCAAACUCUUCGCUCCGGAUACGGACAAAACCAUCGUGGUUGUUCCACAAAAUCUCACUUCUUUUGCAAAGUGCCUCAUAAGUGAUAUGAGAUCACUGAACUUGGAGAUUUUCCAGAAGGGACAAGUGUUGGUUCAAGAGCACGUUCUAGUUCCUGAGCAAAGGGAUCUUGAUUGUGAGGAAAAGAAGACUGCUGGAGGCAGUACUGUGGAAGAAACACAGGUCACUGUCCUAAACAAAUGCUAUGAUAUUUGUAUACAAGUCAGCUAGC